AUAAUGAAAAAGUGACGUAAACAAUGCGGCUCUCUUUGCGGCUCCAGGCUCGAGGCGGGCGCACGGAGGCGUGAUGCGGCCGUGACGUGGUUGGAGUCGGGGAUCUUUAAUCCUCUGCCGCAGCAGCCCAGCCGGUCACCGGAGGAGGGGGGCAGCAAGGUUCGGACGGGAAUGGGCCGCGCCGGCUAGGAUACGCGUUACCAGGCCGAAACAGCUCGGUGUUUAGGUAGAUAGUGACACCGCCGAGACGAGGAGAGAUUACGCCGAGAACCAGGCGAGUAUUUCUGCCUAGGCCUGACCCCCUCCACCUCCAGCCAAUUCACUCAUAUUUCCCCAGCUGAAAGGACCACACACAGACACACUUGCGGUCGAAUAUACACAUUUUUAAAACGCCUUUCUGCUUAAUUAAAACGUCGAAGGUAGCAUCCGUAGAAUUAGCCGCCGCACGGAUACGGCGCCUCGCCCUGCCAGUUUCCCCGAGAGUAAUUUAUUCCUCGGUUCGCCCUUCACGAGCGUCACCGCGUCCCCUCUUUUCCUGUCAGCUACUGCGCAUCAGCACAACAUGCAGGAUGAGCCUGUGGGGGUGACAGCCGCGCAGUUACCCCCUUCAGCCGAGGAGGAGGACCGCAGCAGCAGCUCGGUCAGCAAAUCCGCGAAGCAAGCCAUCCAGACCGAGAGCCAGCUGAGCUCCUUCACGUCGGAUUACAGCCACCUAACCCAGAAGAUCGCUUUCCCCGAGCAUUUCUGCCACACGCAGUCCCUCUGUGACCUUCAGCGAAGCAUACAUCAGCAGUUAGAGUUCACCCCGGCAGAGCAGUACCCCCCGUCCCAGGGGCGCUUCAGUCACCUGCAGCCCUUCUCCUGCGCCGCUGACCCUCGCGGCUCUGCUGUGGAGGCGGCCGAAGCCGAUGCUGCGACGCCAUCGCCUCCCUCUGUAAAUCUGAACGAGAUCCAAAUGGACUCCCCCAUCGCCCACCACUUGAAUAACGGCAAUGGCAGCAGCAGCAGCAGCUGCAGCAGCACCGGCAAUAUGCUGUCCGGGGGUCUCAGCGCCGCUUUCCCCAACCUGCCCUCCUCCCAAGAGAUCCAGAGCGCCAGCGGCGGCCCAUCCUCGCCCUCCCUCCCCGGUUUCGGCACUCCUUGGUCGGUGCAGACCAGCUCCUCGCCACCACCGGCGGCCAACUCCAUCAACCCCAUGCACGCGAACGCCCUCAGCCAGAUGCCCAGCACGGACUCCGAGAACAGCUUCUACCCGAGCAUCCCGUCCUCCAUCAACCCGGCCUUCUUCCAGAGCUUUUCGCCGGUGUCGGCUAAUCCGUGCGCCGGGAUUAAUGUGCAGGGCUUCGGCGGUCCGUUCUCGCCUCAGAUGAACGUUCCUCAGCAGCCGCAGAGCCGCAGGUCCCCGGUCAGUCCCCAGAUGCACCCCCAGCAGGGCGCCUUCCUGCAGCAGAGGAACAAUUACAACCAACACCAGCCCAUGGUGAAAGCGUCCCCGUGGGGGAGCCACCAGGGGAACGGCUGGGGCGGCGGCGGCGGCGGGGGCAUGUCUUGGGGCCGGGACCACCGCAGAGGCAGCGGCAUGGGCGUCCCCGGCUCCGUCAGUCACGCCUCGCCCCUGAAGAAGCCCUUCUCCAGCAACGUCAUCGCUCCGCCCAAGUUCCCGCGCUCUGGAGGGUCGCUGGGGCCGAAGUCCUGGUUGGAGGAGAACAUGUUUCGCACGGACAGCAACAGCAACACCAUGUUGCCCCUGCAGGACCGCUCCAAAAUGUACGACAGCCUGAACAUGCACUCCUUGGAGAGCUCCCUGAUCAACAUCAUGCGAGUGGAGCAGGAUCCAAUAAAAGCCAGAAGCUAUGGGAGACGUCGAGGCCGCUCCUCUCUCUUCCCGAUCGACGACAACCUCCUCGACGACGGCCACGGCAACCAGGGUGUCCCGGGUGUCCUCGGCUCUCCCAACUGCUACCCCCACCAAAACGGGGAGCGCAUCGAGCGCUUCUCUCGCAAGGUGUUUGUGGGGGGCUUGCCUCCUGACAUAGACGAAGAUGAAAUCACCUCAAGCUUCCGUCGCUUCGGUCACUUGGUGGUCGACUGGCCGCACAAAGCUGAGAGCAAAUCCUACUUUCCCCCUAAAGGAUACGCCUUCCUGCUGUUCCAGGAGGAGAGCUCGGUGCAGGCCCUGAUUGACGCGUGCAUGGAGGAGGAUGGGAAGCUCUACCUGUGUGUUUCCAGUCCCACCAUCAAGGACAAACCAGUGCAAAUCCGACCAUGGAACCUGAGCGACAGUGAUUUUGUGAUGGACGGAUCGCAGCCUCUUGAUCCCCGUAAAACCAUCUUUGUGGGAGGCGUUCCUCGUCCCCUGAGAGCAAUUGAGCUGGCCAUGAUCAUGGACCGCCUCUACGGUGGAGUGUGCUACGCCGGAAUCGACACAGAUCCAGAGCUCAAGUACCCUAAGGGGGCGGGGCGAGUGGCCUUCUCCAAUCAGCAGAGUUACAUCGCUGCCAUCAGCGCAAGAUUCGUCCAGCUGCAACAUGGAGACAUCGAUAAGCGGGUGGAGGUGAAGCCCUACGUCCUGGACGACCAGCUGUGCGACGAGUGCCAGGGCGCUCGCUGCGGCGGGAAAUUCGCUCCGUUCUUCUGCGCUAACGUCACCUGCCUCCAGUACUACUGCGAGUUCUGCUGGGCCAACAUCCACUCCCGCGCAGGGCGAGAGUUUCACAAGCCCCUGGUGAAGGAGGGCGCCGACCGCCCGCGCCAGAUUCACUUCCGCUGGAACUAACAGGGGGCCGGGGGGGGCUCCACAUCCAACGGUGACGGUCAGAGUUAAGGGAAACACCGGCUAACGGGAAAAAGAGCCUGGCUCUGCCUCUCCUGUUAAAACUAAGCUAUCAGUAUAAUCAAGUGCGCAACACUAUACAAUAUAUACUAUAUAUAGCUAUAUAUCUUUUGUAGCAGCCAAACACCGCAAGCCUCAGUUUUUCACCAAAACCCCCCUCACAUCUCAGGCUCUGACAACUCUACAACUCUUUUGUGGUACUUUCAUCGUUUUCUAAGUGGAGAUUUAAAAGAAAAAAAAAAGAGAUUGAUUUUUGUAGCUUUUUAUUAUUACUAUUAUUAUUAUGAUUACUAUUAUUAUUAUUAUUACUAUUAUUUUUGUAUGUGAGAUUAAAAGUAGAUACAGGAAUGUUUUUUUGCAUGGGGGCAGCUCGUCUGUCUGUCUGUCUGCUGCUAGCAACCACACAGUGCGUUCAGUGCACACUUGUUUCCGGGGGAAAAGAAAAAAAAGACCCCGAUUCUCUGACGUCGACACGUGCCGCAGGUGAUUUAACCAAAGGUAGCAAAAAAAACGAUAGGAAGCUCAAAACCGACACGCUGUCUGACGCGGAAACAAGCGUUACUUUCUAAUGCCGCCACGGGCUCUUGUUUGGGUUUUUUGUUGUUGUUUUAUUUUUUUUUUUACUUUUUAGAGAGUUUAUUGAAAGGAGAAAAAAAACCAGAAGAAGAAAAGGUUAUUUUUUUGUGCUCAUUCUAACUUGUAGAGUGAUACCUCAAAACACAAAAUCCGGUUUUCUGCUAACAUUUAUACUUAAGAAGAAAAAAAAAAGCUAUUUUAGAAGCUUUGCUGCUAUAUAUAAAUAUAUAUGAAUAGAUAUGUUGGUGUUAUAUUUAAACCCGAUUCAUGUAAAAUGAAAUGCAGUACGCACUCAACCACUUAACACAGCGCCACAGAAAGAGUAAGAGUGCAUGCAAACCACAAUAGGCUUGUAGCUGCAGGAGCAGCAUGCAGGAUAGAUGUGAGAAAGAAUAUAAUAAACCAAAACAGCUGAUCACUGAAAUCCUAUUUUAAAAAGCUAAAAUUCUGUACUGGGUAGCAUGAUCAUCAACUGCAGAUUCCUAAAUGACAAGGAAAAAAAAAAUUCAAAUGAAGUUAGGUAAGAAGAAAAAAAAAACGUACAUAAACUUGCAUGCAUCGAUGUUUCUCUGUUGUUUGAUCUGUUUACAUACUAUCAAUACAAAAACAAGUGAUAUCGGUUCUAAUGUAGACUUAGUAGACGCCAUCCUUUGACAUGGCGCCUUGUAUAGAUGAAAAAAAAAAGAAAUCUCAAAAGCAGAGUGGUGUUCAGUGGUUUGUGUUGUCCAUGUGCUGUGUGAUUGUUCUUAGUGUAGGCUGAGGCUCUAGUUUAGUUAUCAACAGAUUACACAGAGAUAAACUCAACAACAUGCCUUCGCUUUUCCUGCGGUCGGACCUCUGAACGGUCCCCAAGUGAUCUGAGACUGCAGCUCUCUGGCAGAAGCAGAUGCAAAAACACAAGAGUGACAUUAUUAAGCAAAAGUUCUCAUACCCCUUGGACAUUAUUCUCACUACAACUACCAUCGAUGUGUCAUAGACCAAUGGAAAGUAUCGCAGGUUUCUGAAACGGAGGAAAAUUACCCAUGCAGAUCUAGAGUCUGACAUUUCUUUAGAGAAAUAAAGAAGAAGGCCGUUCUGUUGAGAUGGAGAGUACAUGUGAACGUCUGGCUCAAUGUUGAGAGUCAUGUGAAGUCUACUGAUUACAGGUGACCUUUUGUUCCAAAAAUUGCAGCUGUGUAGCGUUGUCCUUCUACUCCACAGUUAUGCUCUGCUUUGUGUUGGUCUGUCCCAAAUCCCAAACGGAUACGUGGAAGUGUGUGUUUGUAACAUGAAUGAAUUAUUUUUUUUUUUUAAAUCUAAGUAUAUAUUGGGUGUGCGAAUAUGUUUGCAAAGCUCCUUAUAUUUUGUAAAGUAAGAGUCACAGCUUCAGGCCACGCGACCAAAGCGCCGCAGUUUUAAGGAAACCUGACCACAAAUCGUCUCCCGUCCUGCGCUCUUACAGCGAGGACGAUGACUUUAGUAAAAAAAAAUAAUAAUAAUAAUGAUAAUAAUUUUUUUAAAAAGCGAAUCGUUCGUUUCUAUUCGUUUCUGUCGGUUUCCGCCUCGACCCUUUGAAAGACAUUUCGACUAAACCGUUUAGGGACAAUCUUUUCUGUUUGGACGGCCGCACCGCCCCGGCCGUCCACUCGGUAACCGUACACGUGUGUCGCUCCUGUGUCAUCGUGAUUUUGGUCAGUGUUAGUCAAGUGUGUGCUUUUACGAAACCUUAACGGGACGGAAACUCAAACGUACAUAAUCUUAUUAUAGCUGGUUCGCAUAAUUUAAACUGUUUGUGUCGACAAUUACUUACCCUUCACUGGCUCUUUGAGAUGUUUUUUGAUUAUAUAUUAUUAUUAUUAUUAUGCACUACUUUUCUAUUCACUCCCCCCACCACCUAAUGAUUUCAAUGCAAACUUGGACUCCACCUAUUUAUUAUAACUGUAAAAAUGAUUUAUUACAAUUUGUUUUUUCCCUCCCCACCAUUACUUAUUUAAGAUGUAGCGUGAUGCAGUGGUCUUAAGUUAUCUAUGUUCUCUGUGAUUAGAGCCAGAACCCCAGAUUUGUUUUUCUAAUGUAUUUUAGUGGAAUUUGGUUGUUCAGAGGAGCGGGAGUCCAAAAAGGAAAAAAAACAAACAAAAAAAUAAACAAAGUGAGAAGCGAAGGAAACGAUCUCGACCCGUCUCCCUCCCUUUAGUUACCCCGAUGAUGUGUGAAUAUCGUCACCUGUAACACUUGACUCGUAACUGUCGUUGUGCGGUUCCUUUUUUUUUUUUUUUUCUAUGUUGAAACACUGUUCGUUUAUUCUGUACGUGUCCUUGUUGUGUUCUAUUGUUUUUGUAAAAGCGUAUUUAUUUCACUAUUUUUGUAGACGAGAAAAAAGAUUUUUUGAUUUUGAUUGUAUUUUUCUAUUUAAAUAGGACUAAUAUGACAAUUUAUUCCCCCCCCUCUCAUCCCCCACUCCCCACCAAUGAAUUAUGCCCCAAAGGUUCAGAAGAAUCAUUUUCAUUAGCAACGCCAUCAGACGUUUUUGAUACACAGGUGAUUCUUAUUUUGAUACGCGAGGCACAUGUUGUUUGAAGGAAGGAAACAUGAAGGUUUUCUUUAAAUCUGGGAAGACACUUGACAUUCUUGCCCCCCUCCAAAAACCCCCAUUUCCUUCCUUCCCCCCCGUUGCAUCGAGGCCCCGGCUGCCUGUCCUCGUAGAUGCUCUGAAACUUGAAUAUAACACAUUUUGAAAGGCCGACUAACCUCGACUCCGUGUUGUGAUGUGCAAUACUGUUUCUAAUGUUUGUAUAAAAGUAAGAACUACAGUGUAGACCUUUUUAAAAUGCAGAUUUAUUUUUUUCAUUGCAUAUUUUGCAGAUUUCUGAUCCACAGUGUCAUUUUUUACCGUCAGAAAAACGAACCCCGUUUUUUCAUUGCGAGUAUUUUUAAAUCCAGAUAUCUUUGUACUGAUGUAAAUGAUUGUAGUUAUUUUGAAUAGUGUUUUGCUAACAAAAGGAGAGACUUUUUCAUGUGUGUUUCUAUUUCCUUUCAUCUUGUUUUGUCCUGCGUUUUUAUUUUUCAUUUAACAGUAGCAGAUUUUUUUUCUGUCUUGUUUUUUUUUUUGUUUUUUUUUUCUUUUGGAAGAAUUCGUCAUAUUUAAAUGUUAUUGUUUUUGUGGAGGUUUAUUUGUAUUUUUAUGUGGACACAUAAUAUAUUUGAGAUGCUAACUGCUGAGAUAUUUUUGAGUUUUUGAUUAUUUUUAAAGCUAAAUAUUUGUAAUUUUAUUGGUAAAGUGACUAAUUUCUAAAUCAAGGUUUGUGUAUAGAUUCACAAAGCGGUCUAUAAGGUGUUUGGAUUGCAACUAUUACUGAAUGGUUCUUUGAUAUGCAAGAUGAAUAUCAUGGUUAUUUUUAUUUUUGUUGGUUUUGUAUUUAAAUGGGGUGUUGAUUACAAUCUUCUUUUCUUUCACUUCCUGAAUAAAGACCCAUUCUGUUUGGA